GCGAUAUCUAUGUCUAGCUCAAAGGAAUAAAAGAGAGCACUCCACCACGAGAGUCAAUCCAUGUUUAUAUUGUUUGACCAUAUAGUUGUGCCUUAUGCGCAGCAGGUUUGCAGAAGAAGACAAAAUAAAUAAAUAAAUAAAUAAUUCUUCCUUUUUUCUUCUUUCCUUCACUCGUUUAUACUCCAAUUGCUCCUCGGAAACAGGAAACGGAAUGGUCAAUAUAUAAUCCUGCUGGUUGACCGGAAGGCAAACUGGUGGCGCGGCAGAAUGGGAAUCCUCGUCGCCUGCCCGUCUGCUUGGGCGGAGCUGGAGGCAGGAUUGCUGGCGGAGAUCGCCAAGAGAAUACCGAGACUCUCCGAUUACGCAAGUUUCGCUACGGUGUGCUCGUCGUGGAGGAACGCCGCUCUCCCCGAGGAGCGCCGCCGCCGUCCGUGGGCGCACUUCCCGGGGCUGCUGAUAUCCAGCCGCCGCCGGGAGAAGAAACCAGGGGAUCGCUUCUUACCCGUUGCGCAGAUCAGAAACUACCUGGGCAACCAGAAAUCCCACUACGGAUUGCGGCGAGCCUUCCUACAGCCGGCGGCGGCGGCGGCGGGGGAGGAGUGGGAUUGUCGUGGGACACAGGAGGGAUGGGUGGUAAUGGUCAAGCCUUACGAGGAUGGGAACAGAGCUAUGAAUGUGACGCUACGAGACCCUCUCACCCACGUCGACAUUGCUCUCCCUCCUCUCCACGCCGGCGUUUCAACGGCGCCGGUUUCCUGGCGGGUCGAAAAGGCUGUGCUGUCUUCUUACCCGGGAGCUGACUCCAGCGGCCGGUGCUACGUCUUGAUGUUCCACGAUCUGCGUGUUACUGAACUCAUUACCGUUAGGUUGGUGAGUUUGUGCGAGGUUGGAGCGGAUGAAAGUUGGAGAGACGUGGAGUUCACAGAAAUGCCUAUCGAUCACCAAGAUUAUAGUAUCGACGCCGCGGCGCCGCCGCCGCCGACGGCAUGGGGAGGCCCACCACCUGCGCUGGACGACAGAGACGCAAUUUACAUCAACGGCAACAACUCAAGUAAUUUCUACAUACUGAACCGAGGGAUCCUGCACCUCCUGGACCCGUCCGCCGCCGAAGCGAGAACCACGGUCGUCUGCAGAAUCGAGGGGAAACUCCCCGUCCGACAAACCAAGUGGAGGGAGAGCUUCCACCUGAACCACUACUUCUACUCCGCGGAAGCAGGGUGCCACGUGGUCCCGCAUUUCCACCUGGCGGAACUGGGAGGAGGGGAUGAGCUGGCAGUGGUCGUCCGCCUCGUGGGGUACAGCCCGGGCCAAGGGGAGACAGGUGUCAGAAAGUUCGUCGUGUACACGUGGCGGCGGUCGGAAGAUGGGCAGGGGUACUAUUGGGAUGAAGCCAGCGACCUGGGUGGCGGGGCGGCGCUGUUCGUGGGGACGUGUCAGGCUAGCGUGACCUUACGGCGGCCUGGGGUGAACGUUGCAGCGAAAAGGGACCAUAUCUAUUUUGCACUGUUCUCCCCUGCCAAUGCCUCCGGGGUCGAGAUUGGGGAAUAUAACUACCUCCGUCGCCGCCGCAGCGGCGGCGUCGACGCUGUUCACCUGUUCAAAUUUGGACCCUCGACGAUUGAGCCGCAGGAUUUGGCAUUGUUAGAUCGUUUAAGGAGGCCACACCCUCUUUGGUUCCUUCCGGUACCUUGGAGAUCCUCAUCGAGCAUCGACGGGAAGAGCACGAGGAAGCGUUGUGAAGAUGGCGGUGAAGAAAUGGAUUGUACCUGCGCUGCUGCUACUAUUCAUAGCGGCGAGGCCGGUGGUGACGAGAACGAUGAGCAAUAUGCCUUUGCUACCGCUACCAAUAGAUUUGAAGCCUUGCUCACGCUCUAACUACUCUUUCCCUCAUUCAUCAUAUAUAUAUAAUUCUUUCUCUGGUUCUUAUGCUACUUAAUUCUGCUGCUGUAUAAUUUCUUCGACCUAUAACAUUGUGAUCCUGUUCAUUCGAUCUAUUUUGGUUCGAUUUGAAAAUGAUAUGGUAUCUCGACAUAUCUUUGUUGUGGGACGUCCAGAUCUAAAAACUCAGGUCUAGGUUCUGGUCUCCAUUCCUCUGCUUCGCUCGUAUGUGGUUUGUCUUCGUUCCAAUCUACAUUCCUCGGUUAUUAUUUUUAGACUUAAAUGAAUCGUAUGAUUUGAGUUAGAUAAUUAGGGACAUGGGUUCACCAAUUAGAGGUCAUGAUAUAGUAUCAAGCUCUAAAUUCUCGUUAAUUCACGAUCUAAAUAAUAAUGAACUUAAUAGGCUUAC